GGGAAAACGCUACCACGCGAGAUGGUGAAGCUGCUGCUGGUAAUAAUAUGCGUUACUGACACGUUGAUACAAUUUUAUCCUGAGGGCCAAUUGUCUUUUUUAAUUGUAGGACGAAGACACGAGCAGUACUUAACUUGCUUUCAACUUCACUCUGAUAGAAUUUAUUAUGAGCAACGCAUGGUCAUAUGGUUUUUGAGAAUGGGCUUACUUGAAACACGUACUAAACCUUUCGAAAUACGGCAGCUACUUCCGCUACAUCACCACUGCAACUGAAUGCAUGUGCAUGAAAUGAAAUCAAAAUUUCUGUGGUUGUGUCAAGUGGGAACAAUCAAACGGUCUAACCCGCCUCCUUGAACGAAGCUGGCUUCUUGAAUCGAUCAGAGUGCGUACUAUAGCCAACCCACAGCGACAGUCACUGUACUGCACGCUCAACAGACUGGCGGGCUGCUGUUCGGGGACUAUGGAGGAGAAAUCUAAGGAUGACACUGCUAAAGAGCAAGAAGCAGCAUCGUCUUCUCAGAGAAAGAUAUGGAAGAAUUUCCCGAAACCUUUCCUAAGUCCAAAACUAGGUUCCGAAAGACGCAGUGGGGACGGUAAAAAGGAAUCCGGUUUAUGGAUGUUUAAACGAAAGAAGAAACAGGUUUUAGACCGUGUGUUCUCAUCAUCACAGCCUAAUCUUAGUUGCUCUACUCCGGCGCGUUUCGAAGGUGAUAAGUCCCUCUGCGGUAAACCGGACCCUUGUAGUGCAUCAGGGCUUGCUGUGUCACCACUGGUCACCGCCGAUGGAGAAUCUCCACGCAAACUACAACUACCCGGGCAUGGAAGCCCUAAGCUCGCAGUGUGUCAUUUGGUGCUGUCCCAUCAGAAGAGCUCGUCCUUGGGCUCGGCAUGCUUCGAGAAACUGGUGGUAGACUCUGGCGCCAGCAGUGAAGAUGAGCUGGGCAAGCAUGCCAGUGAUUCUGGGAUUAGCAUUGUGGAGCCCAGUAAUGCAGAGCCUCCUCCUCCUCCUCCUCCUCUGCAGCUGCCGCCGCCGCCACCUCCUCCCAAGCACGGCAUGUACCAGCUGGACAUCACGCUGAGGAAGGGCAACAACCUGGCCAUCAGGGACAGAGGAGGGACCAGUGACCCCUAUGUGAAGUUCAAGAUAGCAGGGAAGGAGGUGUUCCGCAGCAGGACCAUCAACAAGAACCUGAACCCAGUGUGGGAUGAGAGAGUCACCCUGUUGGUGGACAGCCUGAGAGAGCCGCUCUACGUCAAGGUCUUCGAUUAUGACUUUGGCCUGCAGGAUGAUUUCAUGGGCUCGGCUUACAUCUAUCUGGAGUCUUUUGAGCAUCAGAGAUCCCUGGAUGUGACCCUUGACCUUAAAGAUCCCCACUAUCCUGACCAUGACCUGGGCACUCUGGACCUGACCGUCAAUGUGUCCCCCAAAGAAGGGGACAUCCGAGAAACUAACAUGCUAUUGAGAAGGAGCUGGAAGAGAUCCAGUAAGCAUCACCAGAGCCUGCGGCUAUCAGAUGUGCACCGGAAGUCGCAGCUGUGGAGAGGCAUCGUGAGCAUCAGUCUCAUCGAGGGCCAGGGGCUCCAGCCAAUGGACAGCAAUGGCUUCAGUGACCCCUACGUCAAGUUCAGGAUGGGCCAUCAGAAGUACAAGAGCAAGACCAUACCCAAAACCCUGAACCCCCAGUGGCGGGAGCAGUUUGACUUCCACCUGUACGAGGAACACGGCGGCUUCAUCGACCUCACCGUCUGGGACAAAGAUGCGGGGAAGAGGGAUGACUUCAUGGGCAGGUGUCAGGUUGACCUCAGUCAGAUGCCUCGGGAGCAAACCCACCGUCUGGACCUGCAGCUGGAGGAGGGCGAGGGAGCGCUGGUGCUGCUGGUCACGCUCACCGCCUCCGCCUCCGUCUCCAUCUCUGACAUGUCCAUCAACAUCCUGGACGACCCGCAAGAACGCCACGACAUCCUGCAGAGAUACAGUCUGCUCAAGUCCUUCCACAACGUCAAGGACGUGGGGAUGGUCCAGGUCAAGGUGAUCCGCGCCGAGGGACUCCUGGCCGCUGACGUCACCGGGAAGAGUGACCCCUUCUGUGUGGUGGAGCUAAGUAAUGACCGGUUGCAGACACACACUGUCUACAAGAACCUCAACCCCGAGUGGAACAAGGUCUUCACCUUCAACGUGAAAGACAUGCACUCGGUGCUCGAGGUCACCGUUUACGACGAGGAUCGGGACCGCAGUGCCGACUUCCUGGGCAAAGUGGCCAUUCCACUGCUAAAUAUUCACAACGGCGAGAGGAAAGCUUACGCCUUGAAAAGCAAGGAGCUGACAGGGCCAACAAAGGGGGUCAUCUUUCUGGAAAUAGACGUGAUCUAUAACGCCAUAAAAGCCGGGAUGCGUACACUAGUGCCCAUUGAGCAGAAGUACAUUGAAGAGGAGCCCAGAGUCUCCAAACAGCUCCUGCUGCAGAACUUCAACCGAGUCCGCCGCUGCAUCAUCACGCUGAUCAACACGGGCUGCUACAUCAACAGCUGCUUCGAGUGGGAGUCACCCCAGAGGAGCAUCUGUGCGUUUGUGCUCUUUGUCCUCGUUGUGUGGAACUUUGAGCUCUACAUGAUUCCUCUGACUCUUUUGCUGCCGCUGGUUUGGAACUAUAUUCUCAUAUCCUCGGGGAAGGACACCAGACAGAGCGAUGUGCAAGAUGUGGAGGACUUGAUGGAGGAUGAAGAUGAAGACUUUGACAAAGACGACAAGGUCCCGGGGUCUGUCCGCUCGGAGGACAGCGGUGCGCCUGAAAGCCAUAUCCUCGAGGAUAUGUUGGCUUCCUGGCACUUUGAGUGGAUUCGUGUGAUGGUGGACUCGGAGAGAAAAGGCUUCAUCAACAAGCUGUACGCCAUCCAGGACGUCUGCAUCAGUGUGCAGAAUGCCCUGGAUGAAGUGGCCUCCUACGGAGAGAGGAUAAAGAACACGUUUAACUGGACCGUGCCCUUCCUGAGCUGGCUGGCCAUCGUGGCUCUGUGCGUGGCCACCUUCAUCAUCUACUUCAUCCCCCUCAGAUACCUGGUGCUGGCCUGGGGGGUGAACAAGUUCACGAAGAAGCUGCGGGACCCCUACACCAUCGACAACAACGAGCUGCUGGACUUCCUCUCCAGAGUGCCGUCGGAUGUGCAAGUGGUGCAGUAUCGAGAGUUGAAACCGGAUCCCAGCCAUAGCCCAAAUAAAAGAAAGAAAAAUAACCCGGGAUAGCUGCUUCCCGCCACCUCAUCACCCCUGACUCCCACACAACCCUCCUCCUGUGGAAUCUUUCCCAGCAACACGUUGCCAAGGAGGAGAGAGAGAGAGGGAGGAGGAGGAGGAGAAGAAGAACUGCACUGAACCGGAGGAGAGAACCUUUUUCUUUCUUUCCUCUUUCCCCACGCCUCUGUCAUCGUCCGGGCCCCUCUUGUUUGUACAAAUGGAAGUCAAAUUGCUGUCAUGAAAAAAGGACCACUUUUAACUUUGUUGUCCUGAUGGCUGUUCUGAAGGAGUCCUUGACGGUAGCACGCCACAUGACUGCAGACAAUGACACGGACAGUUUUAACAGCCAACAUGUCUGUGCUGAGACGCUACCUGGUUUUCAGAGUGUUUGUUUAACUGGAAACAUCCUUCCACUCAUACUUUAUCACUUUAUCACUUACCAACACUGACAAUUUUUGGAUGCCCUGUUGUUAUUGUGUUCUAUUCGCCAUAGUCAGAUUAUAAGCAACAGAAUCAUUUUUUUUUAAAGAUGCCGUGGAUUCUUGUCUUUUCUCUUUUUAUUGAGAAUUGAUUUUGGUUUACUGAAAAAAAAAAAUCAGUUUUUACAUUGACUUUUGAUGGAGCUACAGUACUGUGCUCUUUAUUUUCGUAGUGAAGAAUGGCAGCCUUGGGUUUUUUGCCUGCAUGAAAAAAAACAAUAGCCUUAGAGAUCCUCUUGCUCCAGUCAGCGGUGACAUUUACUGCACAAGCUCUCCCACUAGUGUGCCAGUCCUCUCGGUCUCUCGGCUCGCGGGUUAAAAAGACCAAACGGCCAGUGCAGAGCGCGCCCCCUGAGAGAGGGAAAGAAAGAAAGAGAGAGAAAUAGAAAGAGAGAGAGAGAGAGUUUGUUACAACGGCAGCCCCUUGUGAUGACAUGGACCCAUCGGCCGUUUUACAGAGCCUUCAUCAGGCAUCAAACGAUCCCCCCCCCCACCCCCCCCCCCUUCUCCUGUGGGCUGGCUGCUCGUGGUGCCAUGGAGCUGAUAGAGAUGUCCCCACAUGCAGACACAAACACCAGGCAACCCGUGAGCCCAGCUGUAAUCUCAUUUGAAAGGCUGCUUGCUCUCUCGCUCUCAUUUCCACUUGCGCCACUUCAGUGGGCAUCAUCUCUCCCUCUCUCUCGCUCGCUCGCUCUCUCUCUCUCCCUCCCUCCCUCGCUCUUUUUGCCUGAGGCCAGAGUUCUCUCUCUCCAUCUGCCCCACCUCCUUUGCCCAGCACUCAACUUUGAUCUCUCUUUUAGAAUGUGUGACAGUGUGUGGUUGCUUGGCUGUGUUGUAUUCUCUGUGUGUGUGUGUGUGUGU